AUGCCGACAGUAAAGCAAUUGUAUCAUGGUAGAGCUGGCCUCUUCUGGAAUGCCUUGUGCUGCCCCAUCUUCGGAACUUUUGGCCUUGUCUGGCGGUCCAUUCACACCUUUGUCUUUCCUUGUGGAUCAAUUUUGAUGCAAAGACUAAUGGUGGGAUUUUGCUGGAGGUAUCUAUGUUGCUGUUUUGGCUGGCCCUAUGAAGAUGACUCCUUUUAUGGAGCGGAUGCCUUGGGCAGCUUUCCAAGUCAAAGUGGGAAAAGUAUGCAAAAGAAUACAGACUGGGUUCGGGCACAAGAUUUGUACCAAUUCAAAGGCAAACGUCCCCAACUCUUUGAAGGCGAGAUUGAACCAUCCGAUUUGUGCCAAGGCGCCGUCGGAGAUUGCUGGUUGGUGGCUGCCUUUGCGUGUGCUUCGGAAUUUCCGGACAUGAUUCGGCACAUGUUUCUCACGAAGGAAUACAACCCACGUGGUAAAUACGAGAUCCGUAUCUACGAUCCGCAGCUCAAGAAAUGGGUGACUGUGACCGUCGAUGAUCGGAUUCCUUGUGAAAAGGGAAGCAACCGACCACGCUUCAUGAAGCCAAAUGGAAAUGAACUUUGGGCUAUUUUAUUGGAAAAAGCGUAUGCGAAGCACAGUGGCAGCUAUGCGGCGAUUGAAGGUGGCUUUGUUCUUUGGGGAUGGUUGUCCAUGACGGGAGACAAUGUCUUUCAAUUGUCCAUCAACAAGAAAACGGGCAAGAGUUGGACGCGAGAAGACAUGGUGGCACGGCAAAACGCAAAAGACAAGCGUGACUGUGGCUUCAAGACGACCAAGGAACAGUACAGCAACGAUGAAGUAUGGACUCUACUCAAGAAGUAUGACAAACAAAAGGCACUGAUCAGUGCUAGUAUUGGAAAGGUGGAGUACCGUGAAAAUGAUGGACCUGCGGGGGAGCAAAUGUUAGAAAAGGAAGGACUGGUGGCCGGUCACGCCUAUUCGGUCAUUUCUGCCAUGGAGCUCUCAGAGACACUUCCAGGAGGUCUACCAAAGCCGAAUGGAGAGUCCUUUAAAUUGCUAAAGAUUCGAAACCCUUGGGGAUCCUUUGAAUGGAAGGGAAAGUGGAGUGACAAGAGCAACAUGUGGACAAGAUACCCCAGUAUCGCCAAACAAUGCAAUUUCGUCAACGACGAUGACGGAGCCUUUUGGAUGGAUUUCAAGGAUUUCAAGAAGAUAUACACAAGAUUGAACAUUUGCGAUCGGGACACUGCCAAAGACGCCUCGUUGGAUGUCAGAGAAGACAGUGGAUGCUGUGGUAUCUUUGUAGGGUUCUGCUGCGGAUGUUCCAAGUUCUGGUGUCUUUGUCAAGGAUUUCGUAAUAUGUACUUUUCACAUGAAAGCACAGACACAACGUUGGAUACCAAUGAGAAGUGUUGUUGGAUAUGUUAG